GAGAAUGGCGAAGCCGCCGCCGCUGCCGCCCUCAGCCGCGUCCUCGUUCGCCACCGCCAGAGCCGCCGGUCUUCCUUCUGCGCCGUGACUUUCCUCCGGGGGGAGCCGCGCGGGCGGCGAUCAAGCAUCCCCGGCUGUCCCCUCCGAAAAGGAUCGCCGUCGCUGCUAGCUUCGCGGGAAGGCGGCAGCGGCCGUUCCCAGCGCCUGGACCUUUGCUUCCCCUCCUUGGUUCCCCCCCCUUCUCUUUUGUUUUUUCGUGUUCCUCUCGGUCCUCCGCAGCCUUGGGUCAGCGGGACCUGCCUUUUUGGCUGGCGCGCUGCUUUUCGCCCUGCGGGACUCCGGGAUUGUCUGUGCGGGGCUGAGGCUCCUCUCCCUCCACCACGCGGCCGAGGCGAAAAGCGGCUUAGCGGCGCGAGAGGGGGGUGGGUGGGAAGAGAAGUGUUGGAGGGGCGGCGAGGAAGAAACUUUCCUCUUGGAAGCGGCCUUUCCACCCAGCCCCCUGAGGGGGUCCGAGUGAAGGGAGAAGCCCGGGCUCCUUUCGGAGCACCUCUCCCUUUCCCCUCCCCUUUCCCGCCCAGCUCCCCCUCCCCGACGCGCUCCGAGUCCUCCCGGUUUCCACGGCUCCCCGGGAGCGCGCGCGGGCGCGGGGGCGCGUGUGGGGUUGUGUGUUCGCGCCGUGGUGCGGUGCAUGGCUGCACCAUGGCCACCGCGGCGACGCUGGUUUGCCGGGUGCAGUUCCUAGACGACACCGACCCUUUCAACAGCACCAAUUUCCCCGAGCCCACCCGGCCGCCCCUCUACACCUUCCGGGAGGACAUUCCGCUCGUCACCCAGCUGGCUGGGGUGCAUCGCCUGCUCAAAGCCCCGCAGAAGCUUGAUGAUUGUGCACUGCAGCUGUCUCACAAUGGUACCUACUUGGAUUUGGAGUCUACAUUAGCUGAGCAAAAGGAUGAAUUGGAAGGCUUCCAGGAGGAUUCUGGCAGAGGCAAAAAACACAGUAUAAUUCUACGCACCCAGCUUUCAGUGAGAGUCCAUGCCUGCAUUGAAAAAUUGUACAACUCAAAUGGACGGGAGCUGAGGCGGGCCCUCUUCUCCUUGAAACAAAUAUUUCAAGAUGACAAGGAUUUGGUCCAUGAAUUUGUUGUGGCAGAAGGCCUUACUUGUUUAAUAAAGGUGGGCGCUGAAGCAGAUCAGAACUACCAGAAUUACAUCUUGAGAGCUCUGGGACAAAUUAUGUUGUACGUGGAUGGGAUGAAUGGUGUAAUAAAUCACAAUGAAACCAUCCAGUGGCUGUACACUCUCAUUGGGUCAAAGUUUCGCCUGGUUGUAAAGACAGCUCUGAAACUGCUCCUGGUUUUUGUGGAGUACACUGAAUCUAAUGCACCACUUCUCAUACAAGCAGUGUCUAUAGUAGAUAAGAAGAGAGACCUCAAGCCAUGGUCCAACAUCAUGGAGAUCCUGGAGGAAAAGGAUGGCAUUGAUACAGAACUUCUAGUUUAUGCGAUGACUUUAGUAAACAAGACAUUGGCAGGCUUACCAGACCAGGAUUCCUUCUAUGAUGUUGUGGACUGUCUGGAAGAACUGGGAAUUGAAAAUAUUUCACAGAGACAUUUGAACAAAAAGGGAGCAGAUUUGGACUUGGUGGAACAAUUCAACAUAUAUGAGAUGACACUACGACACGAGGAUGGGGAUGACAAUGGUGAACCUCCUCCUAGCGGUCGCAAAGACCGAAGAAGGGCUAGCCUUGGCUGCAGUGAACGAAGGUGGCUGGAACGUAGGAGGAGUCGGAGGCAUUCCGUCCAAAGCGGCAAAAGCACUUUGUCAGCCCCUGCCAGCCCUUGCACUCAGGCAAACCCAAACUUCAUAUGCAGCCAUGGACAGGGCACUGAGGACCUCCGUGAGAAAGAGGAGGAAUAUGAAGAGGAGGAAGAGGAGCAACCAGUCACUGAGCCUAAUACAGAGGAUGAGGGGGAGGAAGAGGCUGCUAGGCAGGUCAAAGCCAGUGGGCUUCCAGAAGUACAGGAAUUUGAACAUGUCUCAAAGAAUGCUCAGACACCAGCCACCUCAAGUGUACUUUCUCAGGAGGAGAGGGCUCCCAUGAGCUUUAGGAGACAGAGUCCAUCCAGGAGCUCAUCUUCCUCUGUGCCUGAUUCAUUUGCUUCACAACAUUGUUCGCUUCAUUCAUCGCCUUCUUCAUCUGCAUCCAUCAGCUCUUCCCAAAAUAUAUCAUCCAUUACUCCAAAAGUGUCACCAACGGUUGAAAAAUUACCAUAUGUACCACAUAGCCCUUUCCAUCUCUUCUCAUAUGAUAUUGAAGAGCCUCCAACGUUUGUGAAAGAAAAGGAAAUAGAAGGGAUGAGGGAAUACAGUCCUUUGGAAUCCCUGCAUGUGAACAGAUUUUGUGAAUCCUUUGAUCCUUUUAAUUUCCAGUCUUCUAGGCCAUCAUUGGGUGGUCUCCUUACAUCAUCUUAUCGACAGCACCAAGAGUCCUUGGCGGCUGAAAGAGAGAGACGACGACAAGAGAGAGAGGAAAGGCUGCAAAGGAUAGAGCGUGAAGAGAGAAACAAAUUCAAUCGUAAUUAUCUAGACAAGAGAGAAGAGCUAAGGCAAGCAAGAGAAGAGAGAUACAAAUUUUUGGAGAAAUUGGCAGCUGAAGAGUAUGAGAAGGAGCUGAGAAGUCGAAGCAUAUGUAGGGGCAGGAGUGACUUGUCCUUGAAUUUGGAUUCUCCUUCAGUACCAACCGUUCCCUCUCCUAAGUGUGCAAGCCCAGCCUCAACAGAUUCUCAGGAGGAACCAAAGACUCCUGUGUCGUCUUUCCGGAUAGCUCAGACUCCAGAUGUGAGUGCCAGUGAACCUGAAUGUGAACCAGAACCUGAGCCAGAGGCAGAAUCAAAAAGGGAGCAGAAAGAUGAGGCAGAGUCCGAGCAGGGAACAGAAACUCCCCAAGAAGUAGAGGUUGCAGAGGUGGAGCCAGAGAGUGAAGUGGAGCAAGGUCCAGAGCAAGAGACAGAAGACAGUGCAAUACUCAGUGAAAAAGAGAGGCAGAAUGAAGAUGUGAACGAGAAGGACAACUGCUCAGCAUCAAGCAUAUCUUCGGCAAGCAGCACUUUAGAGAGGGAGGAAAGGGAGGAAAAAUUAACCAGUAACAAUGAAACUGAUCCAUGGUUACAGACCAUACAAGAUGUCGGUGUGAAUGACCAGAGCAGCAACAUUCUCAACAACAAGCGGUUUAUGCUGGACAUGUUAUAUGCCCAUAACAAGAAGCCCAAGGAUGAAAAGGAUAAAGAGCUGGAGGAAAAGACGGAGGAAAAGGAGGCUGUGGAGGAUAGUGAAGACACAAUCACUAGCCUGGCCGAUAGGAUCUCAGUCUUACAGGCCACAAAGCAGGCCAAAGAGGAAAGUGUCAAAAAAAUGGAAAUUGAGAAUUUGGACAAUCAGGGCAGUGUAAAGGCUUUUGCAGAAAGGUUCAAUGAUAAUAAUGAACUUACCAAAACCACAAAUGUUUCUGAAAACAGUUUUACUGAAAAGGCCUCUGAAAAAGCAACAGUGCAGGCGAAGAAGGAAUCAGACUAUAUUUGGGAUCAACUCAUGGCUAAUCCACGGGAACUUAAAAUCAGAGACAUGGACUUUACGGACUUAAGGGAUGAGGAUGACGUUGACAUAUUGGAUAUGGAAAUGCAUCCUAGGGACUCCUUAGCUCCCCCACCCCCACCCCCACCUUCCUUUUUAAUUAUACCUCCUCCACCUCCUCCCUUAUUUUAUGGCUGUCCCCCUCCCCCUCCACCCUCGGGUAAUUUAUUGGCUCCCCCUCCUAUAUUUGGCACUGCUCAGGGUUUAGGGUCACCCCCACUUGCUCGAGGUCAGCCAGCCUUUAUAAAAAAGAAGAAAACAAUCCGCCUCUUUUGGAAUGAGGUGAGGCCAUUUGAGUGGCAGUGUAAGAACAGCAAAUGCUGCAAAGGAUUCCUAUGGUCAAAACUGGAACCUAUAAAGGUGGAUACGUCCAAGCUAGAGCACCUCUUUGAGUCUAAAUCCAAGGAGCUUCCUGUGACAAAGAAAACUGCUGCAGAUGGCAAGAGGCAAGAAAUCAUUGUGCUGGACUCCAAGAGGAGCAACGCAAUUAAUAUUGGGCUGACAGUAUUACCCCCUCCAAGGACGAUCAAGACUGCCAUUUUGAACUUCGAUGAAUAUGCCUUAAAUAAAGAAGGAAUAGAGAAAAUCCUCACAAUGAUUCCCACUGAAGAAGAGAAACAGAAAAUUCAGGAAGCUCAACUUGCCAACCCUGACAUCCCUCUGGGCACUGCUGAGCAGUUCCUUCUCACGCUUUCUUCCAUCACAGAGCUGACCCCUAGACUUCAGCUCUGGGCAUUCAAAAUGGAUUAUGAGCUCGUGGAAAAGGAGGUUGCAGAACCAUUGUUAGACUUAAAGGAAGGAAUGGACCAGCUGGAGAACAAUAAAACCUUGGGACUUAUUCUUUCUACUCUGCUAGCCAUUGGAAAUUUUCUCAAUGGAACCAAUGCCAAAGCCUUUGAAUUGAGCUACCUCGAGAAGGUUCCAGAGGUUAAAGAUACAGUGCACAAGCAGUCUCUUCUACAUCAUGUGUGUACAAUAGUAGUGGAAAAAUUCCCAGACAGCACAGAUCUUUAUUCUGAGAUCGGGGCCAUCACUCGAUCAGCAAAGGUUGACUUUGAGCAACUUCGGGACAACUUAUGUCAAAUGGAGAAACGAUGUAAAGCAUCUUGGGAUCAUCUGAAGGCAAUAGCAAAGCAUGAAAUGAAAUCAACUUUAAAGCAAAAAAUGUCUGAGUUCCUUAAAGAUUGUGCAGAAAGAAUAAUCAUUUUAAAGAUUGUCCACAGAAGAAUAAUCAACAGGUUCCACUCCUUCUUGUUAUUUAUGGGUUACCCUCCUUAUGCAAUUCGUGAAGUCAACAUCAAUAAAUUCUGCAAAAUUAUUAGUGAAUUUGCUCUGGAGUAUCGCACCACCAGGGAACGGGUUUUACAGCAGAAACAGAAGCGAGCCAACCACAGAGAGAGAAAUAAAACCAGAGGGAAAAUGAUCACAGAUACUGAUGAAGAAGAUGACAUUGAGUCUGGGAAAUUCUCCAGCAGUUCUCCUACACCUCAGAACCAACCACAAGGGCUGCAGUAUGCUGAAGAUGCUGUGGAACAUGAGAAUAUGAAGGCUGUCCUGAAAACAUCCUCUCCAAGUGUAGAGAACGCCACCGUCUUAGGAGUACGCACUCGGAGCAGAGCCAGCCGAGGUCGUAUUGGCUCAUGGAACACUGGCAUUGAUGAUUCACCUAAUGCCACAGAUGACACGGCAGAUGAGAUAAUGGAUCGCAUUGUCAAGUCUGCCACGCAAGUGCCAAAUCAGCGAGCAGUGCCUAGAGAAAGGAAGCGAUCAAGAGCAAACAGGAAGUCAUUAAGACGGACACUUAAGAGUGGACUGACACCAGAAGAAGCCAAAGCGUUGGGUCUGAUGGGCACUUCCGAAAUGCAGGUGUGAUGACAGCAUCCAAGAAGCGACAAGAACCACCAUCUGCCUACAUAUGUACAUACAUGCAUACACACAGGCUGCCAAAAGCCUCUCCGUUUAGCCUUUUCCUGCAACUUCCCUCUAUUGCUCAUCAUCCGUCACUAUUUUUAGAUGCAUUUUCAUAACGCUGAAGCAAGCAAAAACAAAUUAAAAAUUAUUUUUAAAAAUGUACUGAGCACAAAGGGCUACAAUUAAGACGUGUGGAAAUGACCACUACCAAAAAGAAAUCAGGGCCAGGGGUGAUUUGGAAAUCAUGGAACACUUUUUCUGUUUUGCUUCAUUGGUAAGCUUUUAGAUUUUUUUUCCCCUGUACUGUGCGGAAGGUGUUCAUUUUUCGAAUGAGUUAUGUAGUAAUUGUAAAAUACUGUUCUGUCAGUUCAAGGACAGUCCUUUAAAUAGGCAAACUAACUUCUGAUGCGAUUACUGUGUCCUGUCUGAAGUCAGUAUUGUUAGAAGUGCACCAUUGUUUUUCUUUCCUCCAAAGAAUGUACAAAUGAAUGUGUAGCUGUGUGUGUAUACACACACAAACACACACACACACAUACAUGCCCCUACCAAGUCCAGGUGCCUUCAGUUUAAAUUCAUCCUGUCCUGCAAGAAGGGAGAUUCUUUUUUUACAUUAACUUACUGGGUUUUGGUGGAAUUCUGCUAGAAUACUUUUUUAUUAGGUCUUCUUACAGACAUGCACAUUAUGUAUUAUGAUGUAUAUUCACAGGGAUAGCACAAGAGUACCUCUUGUUGCUCAGCUCCGGUGAUGAAUGUACAUAUGUACUGUAAUAUAUACUAUAGUAGUGUGAUUUAGCUAGAGACAAAAUAGGGUUUUCAGUCACAGUCAUAUAGGAGUUUAGUGCACGGGCUGGGCCUAUAAGGCUGCUCUUUGAAUGUAAUAUCACAAUGUUUGUAAAGUUGUUUAUCCAACUGAAUGGAUUAUGUAAGGGUACUGCUUAAAACUCUUCUGUGGUGAUGUUUUCCUGGCAGUCGCCGACUAGGAGGACACAAGAGGGAAAAUAACUGCUUUGGACAUGGAAACUGUCUCCCCGUCCUGUAUACAAUGGUAUUUUGGGGUGUCGCUUUGUUUUCUGUAACAUCCAUAGAUUUCCUUCCUGAAGUCAAUGGACAGUACUGUAGUUUGAAGAAUGUAUUUCAGAGAAACUUUUGACCUGUGAUUCCAUAAUUUGCAUUAAUCAACUCUUUCGUGAGAAAUGCAGUGCAAUGUUUUGGGUUUCAUAAGGAUAGGUAUAGAAGGGAACUUAUUACACUAAAACAUACCUCCAAGCUAGUGGUACUAAAGAAGUCAUGAUGAGUGCAUCAUUUUUUUCUGUGUCAGUCCAUUGUUUGGCAUUUUUGAGGCACUGUGCUUGAAAACUAUUUUUUGCACAAGUUGUCAUAAGGCCUUUGUAUUAUUCUGGAGGAAUGCAGCAAAAAUGCCCAAAGGAAUUCUACACAGCCUUUACACAGACAACAGACAUGAAAAAUCCCAGCGUUGUAUAAUAUGUUCACUUGACUCAAUUUUUUGUCAUGUAAUUUAUCUUCACCUAGACUUUCUAUGAGGACAACAGUCUCUUGUUUGAGAACGUACCUCCUGAGCUUCUGUGCAGAGUUCUCAUUAGUUUUUGCUACACUGUUUUAUUUAGAAUGCAAUCCUAAUCAUACUGACUUAGAAACAGGUCCCACUGGGUUCAGGGAUGCUCAGGUGGGUGUAAGAUUGCAACUUAAUAUAUUAAUAAACUUAGUCAGUACAGCCUUAUGAAUAGGAGGGAGGCCUUCUUAGUAAACAGGAAACUGACAUUUAGUAUAUUAGAUUCUUUUCUCUUUCAAAGGAUAAUAAACAUCCUUGGCAAUGGCUUUCUAAAUCCUGACCAUUAGAAAUAUUUUGCACGUUUCCAAUAGUUUGCUCCAUAAACAUUUUGCACAUUUAAGGAAAGGGCUGCCAAACAAUUGCUGGUUAAAAUACUAAGACAGAAAAUAUGUUUACAGUACUUAUGCACAAGGAUAAUAAAUUCUAACUAGAGAUGGGCAUGAAUUAAAAAUGAAUCACUAAAUUCAUCAAAAAUUGCUAAUUUAUUGAUUCUUAGUCAUCCAAAUUGAUGCCCCUGACAAAUACAACUCAGUGAUUUUUUUAGCAAUUUUUGGUUUGAUGAUUUGUUUGGUUAAAAAUAGCCCCCCAAGCACCUAGAGACACCAAAAUCUCAGAGAAGUAUCCUUUACUCUCCUCUACAUUCUCUCCAAGUUUGGGGAAGAUUAGGUUUCCCUAGGUUAGCUGCUAAAGGGCAGUUUCCUGGGGAGGACCCACUUUGUGGGUGUACAACUCGAAUGACUGAAACGCAAUCAUCACCAAACUUGCAGGGCUUGUAGCAGAGAGUCAUUA